AGAACAUGAAACUAAUGAGUUACAUGCUUCUCUCGAUCUUUCUGUCUUGCCUGAUGGCUGGCAUUGAAGCAGUUAUGUGCCGAAUUGGUGGCAAAACAGGGUGCAGGCUUCUUUGUAUACUACAUCGUCAUGGGACCAAGGGAUACUGCAAACGCAACGGCAGCUGCUUCUGCUACCGCUAAAAGAGAACAUUGUUUGUGAUCUUGUUUCAGUCAAAAGUGAAUGAUUAUGCGUUA